AUGACGGCCGCCAACACAGACACUGAGCUACUGACAGAGCAUUUUGGAUACCCUCCAGUUUCGCUCCUCGACGAGAUCAUCAACAGCAUCAACGUUAUCGCCGAGCGCGCCCUCGCCAGCGUCGAGCAGGGACUACUCAACGCACCACCACAAUAUAUUGGCUUUGGAAAGCCACCAAAUCCAGCCGCGAAUUCAAAAUCCAAGAGGAAAGGCAAGCAGCAGCCACCGCCAGAAGAUGCACAGCUGGACCUAUCCCCCGAGGCGAUCGAGCAACGAGCGCACGAUGAAAUCUCAAGUGGCACACACCAGCUUGAGACGCUGCUAUGCGCGUCAAUCGACCGCAAUUUCGACAAGUUCGAGCUAUACGUGAUGCGCAACAUCCUUUGUGUGAAGCCGGACGAUAGGGACUGGCUGCGACUGGGGCACUACGAGGGGCUGAACUUUGAGAACCUACCCACGACGGCGCUAAGCAAGAGUGACGAUGCCGGCGCCGACAGCAUGGACGUGGACACGCCGGACAGGCCGACGGUGGAGUCAGUCAACCGCCUGCGCAGGAGGCUGCAGGCGUCGCAGAAGCUCAACACCAUGCUGCACGCCGAGAAGACGCGCAACGACGCGCUCCUCGGCGAGCUGCGGUCGCUGGUCGGCAGGGUCGGCGUCAAGGGACCUAAGGCGUCCGUUGCGUCGGCCGAAGCCGCAACACCCAAGGACGAGCCCGCCGGGGACGCGAAACCACCGUUUGCGUUUCUGCACAACAAGGGCGAUCUCACACUGGCCGACGCCAAGACACCACUAACUACCACGACUGCGUUCUCCCUGUCGCAGCUCCAGGCGCUGCGGGCCCUGUCCACGUCGCUGUCGAGCAUAUUACCGAAUCUUCAGGGCAGCGGGGGAGACGAGGGCGCCGCGAGGCGGACGUGGCGGAAGGAGCGUGUCGAGUAUGUCGAGGGCGCGGCGCGGAAACACCUCGAGAACAUCAGAGGGCUGGAGCUCGGGAGGGACGGGGAGGUGCGCGAUGGGGAGUGGCAGGCCGAUGGGAGGAGGUUUGCCGGCGGUGAGGUCGCAGCUCUUGAGGGCGUUGUGAACGCCCUGGGAGGCUCGGGCGGUGGAGGUGGAGAUGACGAGAUGGGUGAGUAG